GCAGUACCGCUGCGGCCUCCAGCCCGACACGAUCCAGCGGCACCCCUCGUUCGCGUCGGAAGGCAGCGCGCAGGGCGGUACAUGGGGCCGCGCGGCGGCGAGCUCCGCGGGGCCCAGGCCAGAUCCGUACCGCAGCGGGGACCUGGCGCUGCCUCGCAGAGGGGGCUUGUGCUUCCCCACGAAGGAGCGGGGCACCUACCUCUGCUCGAGGCCUGGCGACGACGCGCCGCUCCGGAGUUGGUCGUUCGGCAGCCACGCGAGCCGCGGCUCCUACACGCCGCUGCGCGAGGGUGCUGGCGACCCUGGCUGGCCGCCAGACGGCGAGCCGGGCCUCUCCCAUCGGCCCGCGCUCCUCAAGGC